GCGCCGGAAGCGGCGGGGCCGGCGGGCGGCGCGGGCGGCCAUGGCGGGGGCGGCGGCGGCGCGGCUGCGGGCCGAGAUCCGCCGGCGGGAGCGCGAGCUGCGCGGGCUGCGGGAGCGCCUGGCGGCCGAGCUGGCGCGGGGGGACGCGGCCGAGCGGGAGGAGGACGGGGAGCGGGAGCGGGACGAGGCGGCCUGCGGGGCGCGGCAGCCCUCGGCGGCCGAGCCGGCGCGGGGGGACGCCGAGGAUGAGGAUGGAGCGCGCGGGCUGCGGGAGCGCCCGGCGGCCGAGCUGGCGCGGGGGGACUCGGGGGACGCCGACGAGGAGGAUGAGGACGGUGACGAGGAGGAGGACGAGGGAGCCCUCGGCUUCCCCGCGGAGCUGCCGCCGCUGCCGGCGCGGUCGGCGCUGAGCGCGGCCGAGAUCCUGCGCUACAGCCGGCAGCUGGUGCUGCCCGAGCUGGGCGUGCGGGGCCAGCUGCGCCUGGCGCGCAGCUCCGUGCUCGUGGUGGGCUGCGGCGGGCUGGGCUGUCCGCUGGCGCAGUACCUGGCGGCGGCCGGCGUGGGCCGCCUGGGGCUGGUGGAUCACGACGUGGUGGAGACGAGCAACCUGCAGCGGCAGGUGCUGCACGGCGAGGCGCGGCGCGGCCGGCCCAAGGCGCGCUCGGCGGCCGCGGCGCUGCGGCGGCUGAACUCGGCCGUGCAGUACGUGCCCUACCGCGGGGCGCUGCGGCCGCGCUCCGCGCUGCGCCUCGUCCGCCAGUACGACAUCGUGGCCGACUGCUCCGACAACGUCCCCACCCGCUACCUGGUGAGCGACGCCUGCGUGCUGGCCGGCAAGCCGCUGGUGUCCGGCAGCGCCCUGCGCCUCGAGGGGCAGCUCGUGGUGUACAACCACCGCGGCGGACCCUGCUACCGCUGCCUGUUCCCCGAGCCGCCGCCGCCCGACACCGUCACCAACUGCGCCGACGGCGGCGUGCUCGGCGUGGUCACCGGCAUCAUCGGCUGCCUGCAGGCGCUGGAGGUGCUGAAGAUCGCCUCGGGCAUGGGCUCCUCCUUCAGCGGGUACAUGCUGAUGUUCGACGCCCUCGAGGGGAGAUUCCGCAACAUCAAGCUGCGGCCGAAGAAAGCGGACUGCGCCGUGUGCGGCGACAACCCCAGCGUCACCUGCCUGCAGGAUUACGAGGCGUUCUGCGGCUCCUCUGCCACGGACAAGUGCCGGGCCCUGCAGCUGCUGCCCGGCGCCGACAGGAUCUCCGUGCAGCGCUACAAGGAGCUGCUGGACGCGCGGGUCCCGCACGUGCUGCUGGACGUGCGGCCGCCGGUGGAGGCGGAGAUCUGCCGCCUGCCGCACGCCCUGCACAUCCCGCUCCGCAGCCUGCAGGAGGGAGAGCACGAGUCUCUGCGGCGUUUGCAAAGAAGAAUUGGCGAAGAAAAGCAGAGAACUGAUGACCAAACCCCUCUCCCUGUAUAUGUGGUUUGCAAGUUAGGAAAUGAUUCCCAGAAGGCUGUAAAAAUUCUGCAGGAGUUACCUGCCGAAGAAUUCGGUUCCGUGUUAGUUAAGGAUAUUAAAGGGGGGCUCAUGGCUUGGGCCGCUAAAAUUGACUCAACGUUUCCUCAGUACUAGAAUUUUAAAUGGUGAAAAAAAUCACAUAUUUUCAGAGUAAGUUCUGUAGGGUUCCCUCUCCUCUGUGUAAUGGCUAUAUCACGUGGGAAAACCAGACAGAAAUACCAUACUGCUUUUUUAUGUUACCUUUUUUCCCAACAAAAAUGCUUAUUUUUGUAGCUCUCUGAUUAUUUUUAUAAAAAUGUAAAUCUGUCCAUGAAAGUGAGAAGAAAUGUGUUCCUUGGUUAUGGUUUAAUAGUAAAAACUUGGCAUAACUACUGACUUGUGCACGUGAUGAUUGAGAAUAUCCUAAUUAGCAACUGUAACCUGGAAAACGACAAAAUACAGGAAUCAUUACUCAGUCUCUGAACUGCCUAACAAAUUGCAACAGUGCAUGAAAUGAAUAAAAAAUAAUUACUGUUAAUCUCUA